AUGAACGAGACCGUAAAGAGGCGCAGAAUAGAGAGAGGAGAAGGCAAUGUGGAUCUUCCAUUUUUGGAACGACAAGUGGUGGAGAAACGAGCGGAGCGUGACGAACAGGCGCGCCGGGACCUCGCAUUCGCCCGCCAGAUGAUCAAGGAUAGCAACCUCGCUGUGGUGCUUGAAGCAAGGGAGAAAGAGGUUAUUCAAUGACUUAAUUCAAAGGGUUCGGUACCUACUUCAAAUUGAAACAAAACGCUUAUAAGAUCGCUCAUAUAAUGAUCUGUCUGUCUGUCACAAUUAAAUCGCCCCAUAACCACUGGGAUGAUUUUUGUUGAAAUUAAUUAGGCUUAAAACAUGCACGUUCUUUGACCUAAAAAUAGAUGUAUGUACCAGCGUCCUGAAGACCGUCGCGAGUUCGAUCUCAACGACCCUGACGUGCUGAAGAAGCAGCUGCCUCCGCGAGCAUCAGACGGGGAACCUGUGGGCAAGUCCAGCGCCCAGAAGUACACAGAAAUGAAAUCUAUAUUAAAAAAGAUCCCAUACAGUGCUGAGAUCAUUACUCAUUUGAUAUUUUGAUUUGAAGGUGAAGAUCUCGAGUAUGAAGAGCGUAAAAAGAUGAUGGCCGCGCAGAAGAACUCUUGGUUGGAACAACAGGUUCAAGAACGCAAGGCGGCCGAGGAAGAGCGGAAGAAAGCCGAAGCUGCCUAUAUGGUUAUUAACUAA